GCCCAGGCCUUUGACGUCACGCUCGUGAACUCGUGCUCCGAGUCCAUCGUCGUCUUCGACUCGAAGACUACCGAGACGCUGCCGGUGGGCGGCACUAGCACGCGUACGGUCUCCCCGGGCGGUGCCUACGUGUACCGCAAGGGCACGGGGGGCCAGGCCACGCUGGCCGAGUUCUCGGCCGACAACAAUGCAGCCUGGUACGACAUCAGUAUCAUCCCCACGGGCGUAGGCAAGGGCCCCGGUAACUGUGGCAGCCUUGACGAGUGCAAGGCCGUCACGGGCGGUGUGGGCUUCAACGUCGCCAUGAGCAUCGAGCCCAGCCAGACGGACGGCCACCGCUGCGUAUCGGUGACGUGCAUGGAGGACGGAUGCGAUGACGGCUACCAGUUCCCGGCUGAUGAUACCAAGACGCACGCCUGCCCCAGCUCGGUUGACUUCACGGUUACGUUCUGCCCCGGCGGAUCGUCAGGUGCA